CUCUGCUUGGGCUCAAACAACAAAACCCUAAUUUCAUAACUCUCUCCCUCUCCACUGCCAUCUCUCACUCAAUUUAUUCCUUUCUCCCCAUCUCAUUUUUUCAGUAGUAAAGGGCUGUGCAAUGGAAUCCAAUGUGGAACAGAAAAGCCCAUCUCAGAAAUUUCAAAUAUACUCUACUGCUAACACUGGUGUCACUCCCUUCUGGAGAGAAAAGUAUGAAAGGGAUGCUAAGAAGUAUUGGGAUGUUUUUUACAAGCGACACCAAGACAAAUUUUUUAAGGACCGUCAUUACUUGGACAAGGAAUGGGGUCAAUAUUUUGCAGGCGAAGAAAGAAGAGUUGUUCUUGAGGUUGGCUGCGGAGCUGGGAACACCAUUUUUCCUCUUGUUGCUACUUUCCCUAAUAUUUUUGUCCAUGCAUGUGAUUUCUCACCGCGCGCUGUUAACUUAGUUAAGACUCAUAAAGACUACUUAGAGACAUGUGUUGGUGCAUUCGUAUGCGAUCUGACUGUUGAUGACUUGAGCAAAGAGAUUUCUCCGUCUUCAGUUGAUAUCGUGACAAUGAUAUUUGUGUUAUCUGCAGUCUCCCCUGAGAAGAUGCCUCUAGUCCUGCAAAACAUUAAAAAAGUAAUAAAGCCUAAUGGUUAUGUGCUGCUUCGUGACUAUGCUUUAGGGGACCUUGCUCAGGAAAGAUUAACUAGCAAGGAUCAACAGAUUAGUGAAAACUUUUAUGUCAGGGGUGAUGGCACUCGUGCUUUCUAUUUUUCAAAUGAAUUCUUGACAAGUUUGUUUAAAGAUAAUGGAUUUGAUGUUGAAGAACUUGGUUUGUGCUGCAAGCAAGUUGAGAAUCGGUCACGUGAAAUAGUGAUGAAUAGGCGUUGGAUCCAAGCUGUUUUCCGAUUUUCAGACAGCUCAAACUAUUCUGUUAGCAAAGAAUCUGCAAUCGAGGAAGCCCUCUGUCAAGAAAAUGUAAAGUUUAAUGUCAAGGAAAGCACAUCACAGUACCCUUCAAACAAUUUUGAGAUUGAUAUGUCUGAGGGUGUGGCAGCUGAAAUGUUUGGAAUUUCUCCUUCCAAUGAUAAUGAGGUGAUUCACGUUAACCUUAGGGACCAGAAUUUCAAGAUCAAUGUUCUGUCAAAAGAGUAUCAGCAUACUUGUAAAUCAACAGGAUUGAUGCUCUGGGAAUCAGCUCGUAUGAUGGCUAUGGUGCUAGCAGUAAAUCCAACUAUUGUUGAGGGGAGAAAAGUGUUAGAGUUGGGGUGUGGCUGUGGGGGUAUAUGCUCAAUGGUUGCGGCCAAAUCAGCUGACCUUGUAGUUGCUACUGAUGGGGACACAAAAGCACUUGAACUGAUGUCCCAGAAUGUUGCUUCUAACCUUAGACAGCCAUCCCUUGCAAAGCUAAUUAUGAAGAGAUUGGUGUGGGGAAAUACUGAACAUUUAGAAGCCAUCAAGGAUCUCAAUCCUGGGGGCUUUGAAGUCAUAAUUGGCACAGAUGUUACAUACAUUCCUGAAGCUAUUCUGCCCUUGUUUGCCACUGCAAAGGAAUUAAUUUCAUGUGACAGAAAUGGUGGAGACCAGGAACCAGCUCUAAUUCUCUGCCAUAUCUUUCGCCAAGUCGAUGAACCAUCGUUACUUUCAGCUGCAUCUCAAUUUGGUUUUAAGUUGGUUGACAAAUGGCCAUUAGGAAUUCCAUCUAAUCCAUCUCAAAGCAUUGUAGGCUCCUGGUUCCCAGAGAAUGGUCGUGAGGAGUACAUCCCAAAUGCAGCAUUGAACAUCAUGUACUUCCACUUGCAGUGAAGCCUUGCUGUGCUACCAUUUUACUUCUCUUUUUGUUCCUCAUUACAUCUGUCUGAUUUAUAGCUUGAUUUGUUAAAUCCAUAUUUUAUUGUAGCAUGAUCGUGCACUUUAAACCUUUCAUUUAUCUCAAACCGUUAUGAUUUGAUGUGCUUGUAAAGAUCCAAAUCAAUUAGCAAAGUAACUCAGAAUAAUUGUCACACUGAUAUAAAAGGAUCUUUGGUUUUUUAAUA